AGAUUUGCCAGUUUUUGUUUAAGUUUUCUUUAUUUGCAACCAUUAUAAUACGGUAAAUAAAUUAUAAUAAUAAAGUAAGUGUUUUACGUGGAACCCAAGCAUAAUACGCUUCUAAUUACCAAUAAUAAAAAUAACAAAUAUACUAAUAAUAAUAACAAUCAUAAUAAUAAUAAUAACAACAAUCACAAUAAUAUCAACGAGAAUAACUAUUUGAUAAUAAUAGCUACGCAGUCUAUGCAUAAAACUUGUAAUUUUAAGAAAGUGUCUGCCGGAUACACACAAGUUUAAACGUCUCCUAUGGGCACGCAAAGCGCAUAAAAAUGCAGCGCCAUGUUUGGAAGUGCAUUAAAAUAAAAUAUAAAAUUUACAAAUUGCUAACAAGUGAAACAAACACAACCUGAAAUAUCACGCAGAUCAACAUAAUAAACACGUAUGUGAAAACAGAAAAUUGAUACUGCAUUCAGUUGAAAGUACACAAAAUAUUGAUAAAGUGAUUUUUAGUGCGAAGACCAAGUGAAAUAAAGAAUUAAUAAAUGAAAAACAUAGCCAAGAGUUAACAAAACAAAUCGAAUUGAUCUUUUAAUAUUGAAUCGACUGCAUUUGAAAACGGAAGCAGCAAGAUUUAAAAUCGCCGCAAAAAAUAGAGGAUACGCCACAAUUGUCGACUAAAGAACAUGAAUAACGGAAACGCAGGAGAACUAAAUCAAAAUUGAACAUAAUUAAAUAGCAAUCAUUUACUGCAAAACGUGCCUCGAAAAACCUUUAAGCUACAAAAACAACUGUAACUCUCGCAAGCUUUAAUCAAAGCUCACCACAACAAGCAUUUACGUAACUUGAGAUAAUUGAUGCAAUUACCAAACACAAGACACACACGCAUACCUACCUACCUACACCUACCUACACACACACAUAUAUAUAAACGCAGUAGUGAAGAAAAGUGCAGCUAAAGCUUUGAAGCCGCGCUGAAAACCAGAGAGCGAGCAAUUGGCGAUCGCAAAAUCGUAAAAAGCUCCAUACGACGAGGUAAACGCCCAACCGAGCGCAUUGCAUCGAGCGAGACGGGGAGAGACAGAGUGAGAGAGAGACAUUGUGCAUAACUGCAGCAGCAGCAGCAGCAGCCGGCGCAUCGCUAACCGAACGGAGUGCGUCUUGUGCUCGUAACUUGUUCGGCCAGCUCUCGGAGCGACGCUUCGUGCACUUCCUGCGCCGCAGCCCCCAGCGAAAAGCAGCGACAGAACCAGAGCCACAGAGCGGCGACAACGAGAUCAGUUCGUUGGCGAAUGCAACGCUGAUUGCAAUUGACGCUGGCUGCAUUUGACGCGGCUAAAAGUGAAGGAUAGAGAAAGGGAGAAGGAGAAAGAGAAAGAGAGAGAGACAGAGCGUAAUCGUGAGGGAGAGACUGACUGACUGAUCAUCACCAAACAUCAUUCGCUCUACUGUACGCCGGUCACUCAGCAUCUGCAACUCGGCAGACCCCAAGCAAUCGGAUCGGGGGGAAAUUGAAAACGACUUUUGCUGCGGCUCGUUGCGUUUCUGUUUCUGUUUCUGUUUUGUUUUCUUGCUCGUGCAAAAGUAAAAAAAAAAAUACAUACACAUAUAUAAUAUAUAUUCUAUAAUAGAAAAUAACUUGGAAGACAUUUUCAAAGAGUACAUAAUAAAUAAGUGUGUAAUUUGUGUUUUAGUGCAAAAUAUAGUAAAAUAAUAUACAUUACGACUCGGAUUAAAUAACUACACCUGCUGCAGACAAUCGGAUACUCUAUUCAGUUGGAUACACAUCACUAAAGCAGCUACGCGGCUACAGCUACAAUUCGCUUGAAAAUGGCGGAAGGCAAUGGCGAACUAUUAGAUGACAUUAACCAGAAAGCCGAUGACCGUGGCGAUGGCGAACGUACAGAGGAUUAUCCCAAAUUGCUGGAAUAUGGUCUGGACAAGAAGGUCGCUGGCAAAUUGGAUGAAAUCUACAAAACUGGCAAACUUGCCCACGCCGAGCUGGACGAGCGCGCACUGGACGCGCUCAAGGAGUUUCCCGUUGAUGGUGCCUUGAAUGUGCUUAGUCAGUUCCUCGAGUCAAAUCUGGAGCAUGUGUCAAAUAAGUCUGCCUACUUGUGUGGGGUUAUGAAAACCUAUCGCCAAAAGAGUCGCGCCAGCCAACAGGGUGUGCCCGCGACCGCCAGCACCAUACAGGUGAAGGGUCCCGACGAAGAGAAGAUCAAAAAGAUUCUGGAACGCACCGGUUACACGUUGGAUGUGACCACAGGACAACGCAAAUACGGCGGGCCGCCACCCAACUGGGAGGGCAAUGUGCCCGGCAAUGGCUGCGAGGUGUUCUGUGGUAAAAUACCCAAGGAUAUGUUUGAGGAUGAGCUAAUACCGUUGUUCGAGAACUGCGGCACCAUUUGGGACCUUAGGCUAAUGAUGGACCCCAUGACUGGCACAAAUCGUGGUUACGCAUUUGUCACAUUCACAAAUCGCGAGGCGGCCGUUAAUGCUGUCCGACAGCUCGAUAAUCACGAAAUAAAACCCGGCAAGUGUCUGAAAAUAAAUAUAAGCGUACCGAAUCUGCGCCUUUUCGUAGGCAAUAUACCCAAGUCAAAAGGCAAAGAUGAAAUUUUAGAGGAAUUUGGUAAACUUACAGCUGGCCUCUACGAGGUAAUCAUCUAUAGCUCGCCCGAUGACAAGAAAAAGAACCGCGGCUUCUGUUUUCUCGAAUACGAUUCACACAAGGCGGCUUCAUUGGCCAAACGGAGACUUGGCACUGGUAGAAUUAAGGUCUGGGGAUGUGAUAUUAUAGUCGAUUGGGCUGAUCCACAGGAGGAGCCGGAUGAACAAACAAUGUCUAAGGUUAAGGUACUCUACGUGCGAAACCUAACGCAAGACGUUACAGAGGAUAAACUGAAGGAACAAUUCGAGCAAUAUGGCAAAGUGGAACGCGUCAAGAAGAUAAAAGACUAUGCCUUUAUACAUUUUGAGGAUCGUGAUAGCGCCGUCGAAGCUAUGCGUGGCCUUAAUGGCAAGGAGGUCGGCGCCUCAAAUAUUGAGGUCUCACUCGCCAAACCACCAUCGGACAAAAAGAAAAAGGAGGAAAUACUGCGCGCACGCGAACGACGCAUGAUGCAAAUGAUGCAGGCGCGUCCAGGAAUCGUUGGAUUUGAAACAUUGUCUCCAUACAGAAAUCUGUCGCCGACACACCCCAGCAUGAUGUCCAUCACACCCGUGCGCCUACCAGGGGCGCGUAUGCCCCUCCGCACACCGAUGCCCCGUGAAUACGACUACGAUUAUGAUUAUUUUGGCUAUUCAGAAUUUCGUCCUGGCUUCGGUGCUGAUACGUACUACGAUGACGUUUAUCGUGCCUAUGAAGGCGAAUAUAGCUAUUAUGAUUAUCCGAACGCCGCCAGCGGCAAUGGAGCUGCCGGUGGUGGCAUCAACGGCGGUGCUGUGGCCAUGUCAAACAAUUCGGGCGGCGGUUCCAUCCCGCUGAGCCCCUCACAGCGCUCAUCAAGAUCCCAGCAAGGUGGCUCAGCCAAUUCGCCAGUGAUUAUGGGAGCUGGUCGUGGGCAUGGAAUCACAGUCCCGCGUGGACGAGCCGUUGGCCAGCGUGGCAGCAUCAGUCGUCUGGGGGCCCAGCCAGUGCCACAGGCGGCGGCGGCGGUGGCGGCGGUGGGACAGGCGGCGGCGGCGGCUCAUCGGGGGGCGGCCACCGUUCAGGGGGCGCCGGCAGCAACCGGGGGGGUCCGUGGGGUGGCACCAAUGCGUCCCAGCGCUCCUGGCACCCAGCACGUCAAGCCGCUACAAAAUUUACCAGUAGUCGGUAAACGUAAGUUCGAUGGAGGUCACCAAAAUCCGGCAGAUGUUAAGCGACGUUACCAGAGCGGUUUAAUAGGAAAUGGCGGCAGUUGGGGCAGUUUACCGCUACCACAGCAACCUUUAGGCACAAAUGGUGAACAGUGGUAUAUGGAUACGUUUUCGGCAUGGAGUUAAAAA